CCUCUCUCAUGGAUAAGUUUGUAUUCCUGUUGACCCUUCUGUCUCCAGCAGCUUCUGAUGUGGUACGAGUGAAACCUGGAGAUGAUGUCACUCUGCCAUGUCAGGCCGGUGAAGCCUCCAUCAGAGCUGCAGAGUGGAGCAGACCUGACCUGGAACCAGACUACGUCGUCUUUCACAGAGAUGGACUCUCAGAUCCAACCCACCAGCAUCCAUCCUUUAAGGACCGGGUGCAGCUGGUGGACAGAGAGCUGAAGGACGGAGACGUGUCUUUACUUCUGAAGAACGUGAGCAGCAACGACGCUGGAACAUACGAGUGUCGAGUUGCAGCAGGAGGUUCAAGACGUAAGAGAGCCAUUAUUGACACUCAACCAGUCAGAAUCAUCCAGCUGGAGGUUUCAGGUGAGUUUGUGGAGGUCAGUGUGUCUGUGUGCCAUGUUGUAGCUGCACUUUAUUCCAUGUUGAUUCUGAGAGUCAAACAUGAGGAAUAUAGAAGAUAUAGAAGAGUAAAUGGAGGCUGUUCCACUGUUCACUCAUUUCCUGACUAAUAUGCACUUUGAUCUUCAGGGUCCAACAGC